CGGAAGAACUUUUUUUUUCUAACGCCGCACACUUAGGUGAGUUGAGCGCAGGCGCGAGGCUGACUCCUAUGAAGCUCCUUGUUCAGCUGUUCCGUUGGUUGUGUUGAGUCCAGAAGAACAGAGUUUGAAGCACACGAGGGCUGCAGCGCGGAAAUCGGCCCAAGGACCCAUGGACCGGGCCGCUAUGUCCGAUUUCCUCCUCGCGGUCCUGGCCGGGCUGCUGAAGCUGUCAGAGCCUCUCCAGGCAGCAGGUGCCGGCACUCACUCUCUUUUCUAUGAAUUCAUCACCACUCCUAAGUCCCUGCCUGGACAGCAGCAGUGCAAAAUCCAAGGUCAGCUGGAUCAGAAGAUCUUUCUUUCCUAUGACUGUGUUGGUGCCAAGGCCAACACAUCAAUGGGUGUCCUUGGAGGGAAGCUGAAUAGCACCAAGUCCUGGAAUGACCAGUUAAAAACACUGGAGGAUUUGGCCACAGAGUUUAGAAAGCUGUUGUGGGACAUUAAACUAGAGGACUUUGCAUCCACAGAUCCCCAUUUCUUCAUGGUCAGGAUGACCUGUCUCCAGAAAGCUGAUGGAAACAUCCUCGGAUUCUGGGACUUUGGAUGCAAUGGAAAAUUUUUUCUCCAUUUUCACUCAAACAAUAAAACAUGGGAAGACCUCCUUUCUGGAUUCAGCUCCAUGAAGGAGAAGUUGAAGAAUGACAUGGAGCUGAGUGAGUUGUUAUACAGGACAUCACUGGUCGACUGUGGAAGUCGGUUAAAGGAAUUCCUGGAGCAUUCAGAGGAAAAUCUUGAGACCACAGCACCACCCACCACCCCAGCAGGAUCUGAAUCCACUUUAAUGGCCGCCCUACCGAGCUGCUUGGUCCCAGUGCUACUCUCAUGUGUGAUUUUUCUCUUUUUAAAAAAAAACUAAAUUACGUUAUAUGAUAAAAUGUUCAAGGCUGCGGUUUAGCUCAGCCGCAUAAGUGUUUGCCUGGCAAGUACGAGGUCCUGAGUUUCAUCUACCAGAAAAAAAAAAAGAAAACAUGUUUACAAUCAUUGGUCGUUGGAGAAAUUCAGUUAAAACAAUCAUUGAGGAUCCAUCUCAACCCAGAAAGAAUGCCCAGGAUUAAGAAACAACCAAUAACAAAUGCUGGAGAAGCUGUGAGGAAAAAGAUUUCUUCUGUACUGCUAGUGGCAGUGUAGACUGGUACAGCCACUGUGGAAAUCAGUGUGGAGAUUCCUAACAAAACUGGGAUUGGAAGUCCCAUUUGUUCCAGCUAUCCCACUUCUGGGCAUAUUCCCAAAAGAACUGAAAACAUCAUACCACAGUGAUAUAUGUGCACCCAUGUUUAUAGCAGCACAAUUUGUAAUAGCCACAUUUUGGAAACAACCCAAAUGCUCAUCAACUGAGGGAUGGAUAAAAAGGAUGUGGUAUUUUUAUGUAAUAGAGUACUACCCAGCUAUAAAGAAGGAUCACAUUGAGGCUUUUAUAGGCUUUUCAGAUUAUACUUGUUAGUAAAAUAAACCAACUCACAUAUGUAAAAUCCAUGCUGUCUCCCUGAUGUAAGAAAGUGGAAGAAUAAAUAAGAUCCAAACUCUUCAAUAAAUAUUGUGAACGGAUAAGAAACUGCUCAAAGGGGAAAAAUAACUGGGACAGGGAAAAGGAGGAAAGAAGGAAGGGAAAAGAAAAAUGAUGUCAAUUUCUAUAUAAACCCUUAACGUAGCUAAGAUGAUUGUAUUAUUCUAUCAGUUCUAGGAACAAAACAGUUAACAUUCAUGGCAUUAGAUCAAUUUUGCACGUCUGUCUCGGGGAAUCUGAGUAACACUUUUGAAGACAACAGUGAAAAAUAACAGCCUUUGUUAAGUUCCUACCACGUAUUUUGAAAGCUUAUAUUGUUAAUGCUGGGUUUUUUAUUAUCAUUGUUUGUCUCUUUGGUUUCUUGUUUUUCAUGCAUUUUAUUUUAUUUUAUUUUUUCCUCUUUAAAAUAAAAAAAAUUAUUUAAUUGUCUUUCCAACAACAUAUUCUCUUCUGACAUUUAAAUAAAGAUCUUUAUUUUGAAACAAA